AUGGUUCAGUUUUCUGAGGAAACUAAGGAGCGAAUCUCCAAGGUCAUUGACGUUUCGAGAGUCGCUAUCCACUAUGGCUAUCUGCCUCUGAUCAUCUAUCUGGGCUACACGUACAGCGAACCCAGACCUUCUCUUUUCAAGUUGUUUUCGCCCCUCGCUUAG